AGAAGCUCAGCCAGUCAACCAUUUCUCUCUCUCUUUUUCUCUAUAUAAUAAUGCAAAAAAUAAAAAUAAAAAUCCAAAUCUUGUGAGUUUGGCUAUGGAACGAAGGGUAUAUAUAUAUAUCGAGGAGAGAGGAUGGAACUUUGCUGGGUGAAGGGGAGAGAGAUAGAAAAUCCUUUCUCCGGUUUCCAUCUUUUCUCUUUGGGAAGAGAAAAGAGAUCCUUCUUAUCGAUAAGAAAGGAGAUAGAAAAUCCUUUCUCCUCUAUAUAUAUAUACUAGCUAUGAGUAGCCAAACUCGCAGCCAAACUCACAAGAAAUCAGUGAACGAUUCUGCUUUAUACUCCGAUCUCUCUUCUGCUUUUAUCGUCUCUCUCUCUCUCUCUCUCUUUGAGCUUUCGCUGCACUUUCUAGUGUUUCCAGCUCGGGCUCAGAGUCAUGGCGUCUGAAAUCGAACUAGGAACCAAGAGUGACUUAGAGAAGGAGCUGAUAAUGACACUAGAACCGAGUCAAAACAGUCCUGCUGAUCCAUCACCUCCACCAUCCCCAUCAUCGAGGGCACCUUCUCUUGUUCUACUCAAUUCUGGCAAGACGGUCGAUCAUGCUAGUAAGAAGAAGUAUGUCAAACAAGUGACUGGCAGCCACAACGACACCGAGCUUGACUUGGCAGCACAGCCUGGUGGCCUCUCAGCAGUGAGACAGUUUCCCAAUGAUAUUGAUUCGCAAAUUGUUGGGACCUGGAGUUGUGCAGAGCUGGAUGAACGUAAACGCUCAAACAAGGAGCAGGAGACCGCCCUCGACAUAGCGGAGGAGCCCCCCCACUCCAAGGAGCUCAGUCAAAACCUCCGGGAAUGCCUCAAUCACAAUGCCACCUUGGUAAAUAAGGCUGCAGUCCUCAUUGCCCAGAUCGCAUUUGCUGCCAUCUUCACAAUCCCGGGCUCACCUGUGGAGACAAGCCACCACAUCUCGGUUCAGGUCCUGGUAAUAUUCAACUCCAUCGCAUUCUUUGCAUCCCUAGCUGUGGUGGUGAUUCAGAUGACUCGUAGCCCAGGGGAGCUCAAGCCCAAGGUGAUAGUAGUGAUGGCAAAAGUCACUAAUAUGCUGAUAUGGUUAGCUUCCGCAUGCAUCUCGGUCGUGUUCAUGGCAGCGAUAACUAUUGUGGUCGGGAGACAGUGUCAGGUGGCCAAUAUCCUGAUCAUGGUUGUGGGAGGUGCGUUGAUUGCUGGGUCUUUAGGGAUCAAGGCUUACUACGAAGUGAGGAGAUUGAGGACAAUUGAAUAAAUAAAGAAUACAUGCAUUUUAUAUGUGAUGCAAUUGGAUUGGUCAACAAUAUAUGCAACUAGUCACCAAGCCCACGACUCUUUUUUCUUUUUUCUUUUUUUGGUUGAAAUCAUAUUAUUGUAAGUAGAUAUUAGAGUUGCUCAAUUCCAAGAACCGAGGGAUGAAAUGUAGUAAUUAUUUAAUUCGGAGAGGACUGUGAGCGUGCAAUUCUUCUUCUGUCUUUAAACAUGUCAUUCUUCAUAUGUUGCAAGCAUUCCAUACUGUUUGCUACCUUCGU